AUGGUUGAGGAUAUUUAUGUGGAUGUCAAACUGAAGGAGCCUACAGAACGUCCUGCAGAGAAGCCCAUCUGCAUCUGCAUUUCUAGUUUGGAGCAGCUUGUUCCAACAAAACCACCAUUUAGUCCAUUGCUCUGGAAGUUCAUGAGAAAUGUAUAUCCAGGAGGGAUCAGCUGUAUUGUCCCAAAAGGAGACUGGCUCCUCAAACUUGGUGUGGGGGCUGCAUACGAUCGUGUGGGGACCAAGGACAGCAUAAUGAUUCGUGUCCCUGACCACACAGUCACUGCCCAUCUGUGUGACAUCACUGGGCCUUUGGCUAUCACAUCUGCAAAUCCAAGUGGUGAACCUGACAGCACACAUCAUGACAUGGUUAUUAAGCGCCUUGGACACAAGAUCCAAGGAGUACUGUGUGAUGGGCAGUCCAAUGAGCUGGUAGGCUCAACUGUGGUCAACUGCCUGAAAAUUGAUGAAGGUACCAUACAUUUCCUGCGGGAAGGUUGUGUCCCUGCAACAAAGGUGCAGCAAAUUUUUGAGAGGGUGAAAAACAGCAUGUUAUAAGAAAUUAAGCUACAGCAUCAAAGCAUACAAACUUUAAUUUAACUACAGUGUAAAAACUAUGGUGAUAAAAAGGCAAAAUGUCUGACAGAUUAUUGGUAAUAAAUUUAAAAGUGAGA